GGGGAGGAAAAUAACCUCGAACCUACCAAUCUCGCUAUCCCGAAGCACCGUCCGACAGCCUCAAUUGAUCUCGAAAUCGGUCGUGGUCAAUUGAUCCCCACAAACGGCAGAGGCUCGAUCUUCUUAAUAUCUCAAACUUCACAAUGCUUUCCCGGGCGGCGAGACCAGCUCUGCGAGCUGCAGCUGCGGCUCCCUCGCGAGUUACGGCCAGCGCGCCCACCAACGCUGCCAACUUCGCGACCCUCCGUGAAAUCGAAGGCCGCCUCAAGUCCAUUCGCAACAUCGAGAAGAUCACCAAGACGAUGAAGAUUGUCGCCUCGACCAAGCUCAACCGCGCCCAGAAGGCCAUGUCCGACUCCCGCGUCUACGGUGCCACCUCCAACGAGGUCUUCAACUCCGCCGAGACCAAGCCCCUCGAGGGUGAGGCCAAGAGAGAGCUCAUCAUCAUCUGCUCCUCCGACAAGGGCCUCUGCGGUGGUAUUCACUCUGGUCUCUCCCGUACCAUCCGCCGCGAGUUCGCCGAGAAGAACGCCACCGCCGACCUCGUCAUCCUCGGCGAGAAGUGCAAGGCCCAGCUUCAGCGCACCAACGCCAAGGACAUCCGUCUCUCCUUCGCCGGCGUCGGCAAGGACGUCCCCACCUUUGCUGAUGCCUCUGCCAUCGCCGACCAGAUCGUUCAGCUCGCUGGCGACUACUCCUCCAUCAAGAUCCUCCACAACAAGUUCAUCAACGCCACCAGCUACGAGCCUGUCACUAUUGAGGCAUUUUCCGAGGAGGCCAUCACCCAGUCCCCCAACUUCUCCGCCUUCGAGGUCGAUGAGGAGCUCAUCCCCAACCUCCGCGAGUACGCCCUUGCCAACUCCAUCUACUGGGCUCUGGCCGAGGGUCACGCCUGCGAGAUCUCUGCCCGUAGAAACGCCAUGGACAAUGCCUCCAAGAACGCUGGUGAGAUGAUCAACAAGUACCAGAUUCUGUUCAACCGUACCCGUCAAGCCGUCAUUACCGGAGAGCUGGUUGAGAUUAUCACUGGUGCCACUGCCUCCGAGGACAUGUAAAGCGGGUUUUGGAAAAAGCGCGCGCACAUCGCAUCAGAUAGAGAUGAUUAUUACCUCUCUUCCCUUUGUAUCAAGCUACCAAGGGCGGCUAGUUUAGCCCUCAGUGUACCAAAUCCUCGCGAAUACAUCCUGAUCUAGAAAAUGGAUCGGUUAUUUUCAUCUAUUUAUAA